AUACCGAUUUUGUACGGAAAAAUUCAACAAAAACAUAGUUCUAUGAAGUCCUCAGUACAAGUGCUUGCCACUGCCGGGUACACACAUCUACUAUGCUGGUUAAGGUUGUGUUUUGUGUAGUUGCAUUGUUUGUUAAUGUUGUUCACCUGGAGAACAUUACCAGAAAAUGGCCAAAAAACGCUAAUGUUGCGGGCGGAGACCUGUUCGACUUCAUAGUGGUGGGCGCGGGGUCGGCGGGCGCGGCGCUGGCGGGCCGGCUGGCGGAGGCGGCGCGCUGGCAUGUGCUGCUGCUCGAGGCUGGGGGGGACCCGCCUGAGGAGAGCCUUGUGCCAAGUCUAUCGAGCCGACUGCUUCACUCGCAGUACGACUGGUCCUUCUCCUCCGAAAGCGACCACUACUCGAGCCAGGCGCAGCGCGGCGGGGCGCUGCCGCUCGCGCAGGGGAAGAUGCUCGGGGGGACCUCCAGCCUGAACGACAUGGUCUAUGUCAGGUGA